AUGAUUUCAAAAUCCCUGAAAUGUACACUAAGCGAACAAAAGUCAGUUUUGGAUAUAAUGGAGUCCAUGAGUGUAAUGGUGAUAGACAUGCAGUCGGCAACACAAGUCAUAUACAGCCAAACCUUGUUUUCGGAGGUGCAAGCAAACAUCAAUUUAGUCAACAGCGAUUAUGUUACCAAGUACUUAUCGUGUUGGCAUUCAGCAAAUAAGCCUAUCUAUAUUCAAAUGGAAUAUUACGAAUAUAAUCGCAAAUAUUUCAUCCAGCUGAAAAACACCACCUUUAACAGAUACCCUAGCUACAACAUCACGAUACAUCACAUUGAAUAUUUCAUAGCCAGUGAAAUAUUUAUCGAGCUAAUUCACGGCCUGGACUAUUUGCAUAGUCAAAGGAUAUUGCACCGGGAUCUAAAGGAGUCAAACAUAUUAAUUGACAAAAAGGCCGCCAUAUUUGAGGGCAGUUCCCUAGUGGACAGGCCUAUGGGCACUGGUAAUUAUAUGGCGCACGAAGCUUAUCAAGGCUAUUUUAAACGGCAAACUGAUGUGUUUGCGCUAGGACAAAUUGCGUCAAAUCUGUUUAAUAAGGACGUGUGUUAG